CCUUGCAAUGAACAACGACACAGAAGAUGGAAGUAACACCACUCUCUUCGUGGAAGCCCUUCCAGCGAACGAGAGGAACGAGGGUCUAGCUCGCAUCGAGAUUGCAACUUUAGCCAUCAUCUUCAUAGUCACCAUCCUCGGAAAUGGCAUCGUUUUGCUGGCCUUGUGGACGCGGAGACGUUACGCAGGUCGGAAGAAACUCUCGAGGAUGUACUUCUUCAUCCUGCAUCUGAGCAUAGCCGAUCUGAUAACGGCGUUCCUGAGUGUUCUUCCGCAGCUUUGCUGGGACGUGACGUUCCGGUUCCAAGGAGGUGAAGUUCUGUGCAAGUUGGUGAAGUUCGGGCAAACUUUAGGACCGUAUUUGAGCUCUUACAUCUUGAUGGCUACGGCUAUCGAUAGACACCAGGCCAUCUGUUAUCCUCUGACGUACUGCUCCUGGACUUCGCGUCGAUCUAGAGUCAUGGUUUGGAUCGCUUGGGUCCUCAGUCUGGCCUUCUGCAUUCCUCAGAUUACCAUUUUCUCAUAUCAACACGUCGAGAACGAGGAGUACGACUGUUGGGCCACGUUCCUUCCUGCAUGGGGAGAGAAAGCCUACGUAACGUGGUAUGGAAUUUCCGUGUUCAUCAUCCCAUUAGUCGUCCUGAUAGUAACGUACAGCUGCAUCUGUCGAGAGAUAUGGCACAGCGCCGUCGGCGAAUUGGGAAUGCGACCACGAAAUGUGCAGACAGGAAACGGAAAAAGCCAGCAAACCGGAAAACGUGCCCCCCUCAUAUCUCGAGCGAAAAUAAACACGGUGAAACAGACGAUCGCCGUAAUCGUAAUGCACAUUGUCUGCUCGACUCCCUUCAUAUCCGGUCAACUCUGGGCCACCUGGGAUCCGGAAGCGGUGAACAGUCCGUUCCUCAAUGGUCCUGUAUUCACGAUAGUGUCGUUACUGUACAGCUUAAACAGCUGUUUCAAUCCUUGGAUUUACUUGGCCUUUAAUAGAGAGUUACCAAGGUUACUCAUCAGGCAUUACACCAGCAACAGGAAUUACAGAGAGGCAGCAGGUAACAGUACAAGUAACUCUUCAGGUGGUGUUGAGAGUACAUCGUUGAGACCGUUCACGAGAUGGUCCUUCUGCAACGGCAACCGUGCAGCGGCAAAGUUCAAUCCUCGUCAACCGCAGCGACAGUACGUGACCCAGUACAACGCGCGCAGAUGGAUCGUCACCACGACAUGACCCUCGAUGCGCGGACCUUUCGACGAGGAGGUCACAGAGCUCACCGAAGUCGAGAUCCGCUUCAACAACAACAUCAACGGUCACAAUCACAACAACAACCAAAACGAAACUGUGAUGUGAAACGAAUCGGACGUUAACCGAAGGUGUUUAAGAUUUGAUCCUUCAGUUUCCUCAACUUUGAAACGAGAACUCUGUGAUAUCAACUAAAGAAAACAAAUCGUAAAUAAGAACAUAUUCUCACAUGCAACACUUCUUAAGAAAAUCUUAAACACUUCGUAGAUUUAUUAUAGUAUUUUUUUUCAUAUUUAUGGGACUGUGAUUUUAGCUUUUAACAAACGGACACUCUUCAUUUCUCCAAACUGUCCGACUUCCUCACGUAUUUAGAAAGAAAGUGCCAAAAAAUAAAAUCAGCACCCAUACAAAACCUCGUCCCAUCAAUUUUAUAAAAAUAAAUCACUUUUAUUUCAACUUUCAGGGACGAAACGACACAGGGUAAUACUAUUAUUUUUUAUAAAUAAAUAUAAAUUCAGUAGAUAAAUUCGCUCCAACUAUACUUAAUACUUUCUAAUUGGAUAUUUGUUUGUAACUUUAAACUCUCUUUUUCUGUUGAAAUGUUUAUUUGGGGAAAACGAAACGCAGCUUACUAAAUAUAUAUAAAUAAGAACUAACAAAUUCUAGUAACUUUAGGAUUACGAAAAGUAUACGUGUUAAUGUGUAUUUAUAAUUGGAUUUAAGCUUAGCAAAUGAAAGGAUUUGCUUUUUCGAAUCUACGAUUAGCACUAAGAAUGAAAAAUAUAUAUAAUAUUAUACUAAAUUGGGUGACCCGAUAAUAGCGCGCAGGACAAAAGCGCGCCGACAAAAUGUUUGGUUUUGGAUGUAUUUUAAAAAUACACACAAAUUCUCGUGCAAUUAACAUUGUCCUUUUAUUGCGCGCUUUUGUUAAUGUGCGCUUUCGUCUGCGCGCUUUUGCUAGGACACCACUAAAUUGAUUAUGGUUAUCUCUAGCGUUGUUAAUUUUGGAGUGGUGAAAAGACGAUAAACUGUGUGUUUUAUAAAUUGUCAUUUAUAAGGAAAUAUUC